CCACACACGCCUAACUGCCCUACAGUCGCUCGUUAUACCACUGCCAUUCACUGCCCUGCCAGUACCAUUCACUGCAUUCACUGUACCAUCUUCCCAACCACUUCACACCUUGUCCCGCCCUCCGACACACGACGAUGGCGCCGACGUUCUCUUUCAUGACGCGCAGCGCGCCGAAAGCCAAGCCCGCGGAGGCGGCAUCCAUCCUCGCAGAGGCCGUCGCCGCCGCCGAAUACAGCAACGCUAUACCUCCCAGCACCUCCAUAACCGCCUCAAACUCCCUACCCUCCUCAAACACCCUACCCUCCUCCAACUCUUUACCCUCCACCAACUCCCCAUCCUCCGCGGACCAUCCCGACCCCUCCACCUCCACCUCCUCCGCCCUCUCAGGCUCCUACCACGGCCAAAUGCCCCACGUCGUCAUCGUCCCGCCCGAGGAGGACGACGAGGCGCCGUACACCUGCUUCGACGCCGCCAAGCCCGGCGGCGCUGACGACGAGGACGAGUACCUCCGCAACCCCAACGCCCUCGACGACGAGGAAGAAGACUUGGGCGACGACGACCUCUUCAACCAAGGCUCGCACCCCGACAUCGGUGCCGCGCCCGUGCUGCAAGUCCCCUCCCCAUUCCAACCGCGUCCUGCGGAGCCCGCCUACGAGGAGCACGAGCACCUCACGGACGAGGAGCGCGCGGAGCUGCUCGAGCUGGAGGGCCCCGGGAACGACUCCGAGGUCAUCGAGGUCAUCAAGGUGCGCCGGCACGGGACGCUGCCGACGGACAGCGAGGACGAGGACGGCGCGCGGGGGCGCGGCGGGAGGCGGGGGCGCGACAAGGGCAUGAAGCGCAGCAGCUCGGCGUUCAUCGCGCGCGCCUUCAUGACGAUGCGCGGGCGGAGCAAGGGCCCGGGGAGGGAGGGGAAAGGGAAGGAGCGGGAGGCGAGCGGUGUGGACGAGGGUAUGCAGGCGGAGGAAGCGGAGGUGCAGAUGGGAGAGAGGGACGCGGAGGAGGGGAAGAAGGCCAAGGAGGGAAAGAAGGAGAAGAAGGCCAGGGCAGCCAGCAAGCUCGGGAAGCGCGCCAAAUCCCAACAGCGCACGGACGACACCCGACGCGUCGUGAGCGAGACCGCGCGCCGCGGGAGCGUCACCAACGACUCCCGGCGCGUCGUCAGCGAGGCCGUGCCCCAUGUCGUCGGCGACAGCGCCCGCCGCGGGAGCGUCAGCAGCACGGCGAUGAAGCGCAGGCGCAGCGCGACGCUGCUCACGAAUAUCUUCCGCCCCUCCGCCGACACCGGCGCGCCCUCGUCAGGUCCUUCUGCGCAAUCAUUCGCAAAUGUCACACAGUCGUCAGCAGAGGCCACACAGUCGUCAGCAGAGGCCACACGGUCGCCCGCGGAUUCCCUCCCACCCUCCGACUCCUUGCCACCCUCCCCCUCCCCCCUCACCUCGCCCUCCGUGUUCUCCUUCCAAUCAGUACCCUCCCUGGGCGUCCCGGAGGAAGAGAAUGGCGCCGCGGUCGCUGGCGAUCCAUCGCCCCACGCCGUCACGUCGCCUACCCCAUCUGCCACGCGCCCCACGAAGCGCCGAUUCUCGAUGCUGCGGCUGAACCGCAUCUUCACGUCCUCCUCCGAUGAUGCAGCCACCGCUGAUGCUGCUUCGUCUACCUCUGCGUCUGCGCAAGGAGUUUCUUUUGCUGGCGCCUCCGCAUCCACGGGCCCUCACGACGACCCCACCACCACCACCACCGACCCCACAACGACCCCCGCCCUCUCCUCCGCGCGGACCUCGGACGGGUCCGACACCUCCGCGCGCCCGCCCUCCAUGUCGCGCGAGAGCACGCCGAGCACGGCCGCGGGGUCGAUGCCGCAGACGCCGGUGAGCGAGUGUGCGCCGGUGUUGCCGAUGUUGGGCGGGAGCAUGCCGGUGGUAAUCACUUUGAAUAAGGAUGAGAAGGAGGGUGGUGCGUCGUUGGAGCAAGGCGCCCGCAUAUCCGCGGAGGACACCGAUCAGACCCCGCGCCCCUCGCGUUCCUUCUCCGAGCGGUUCAGCAUGUCCUCCAAGUCGUCGGAAGCCAGCAGGUCGUCCGCGACGUCGUCGGCCUACAGUGCGUCGGUAGGAUAUGCGGCGGCGGCAGGCUACACCGCCGCGCCCACGCUCCCCACCAUCGCGGACACGAGCAUGGAGAUGCAGCUCGACUCGCUGCAUUUCGACGACCUGUCGUUCGACGUGGAUAAUUUCUUGGAGGGGGUGAACUAGGGGACAGUCGUGUUACUCGUUUGUGGUGGCGUAGUACUCAUUGGUGGCAGCACUGAGUGCAGGACUAGCUGCUCGCCGUUGGCAUGGGCUAUCCCUCUG